ACUAUCUGAUCUGGCUUUGCCAUAUCAUACCGACCACCUGAAAUACAGCGCCUGCGUCACCAUUUGAGUCGUGUCUCCGAUAAGUUACGCUUUUCCAGGGAAACAGCGCAGUUUAUAUGCAGAAUGUCAGGUGUUGAGGCCGUUGGCCUUGUGUUGGGAGUGAUCCCUCUAAUUAUUUCCGCCCUUGAACACUACCAUGACGGUAAAAGUGCCGUGUCCACGUGGCGCGGGCAUGUGAGAGUUGUUCAAAGCCUCAUUCGAAAUCUGAAAACGGAACAUGGUAAAUUAUAUAACACAUGCGAAACUCUACUGGGAGGCAUCGUGUCUCCAGCUAAGCUAGAGCCAAUGCUCAACGAGCCUUUUGGCCCGUUAUGGCAAGACGAAGAUGCGAAGAAACGCAUUGAAACAAGGCUUGACCACAUGUACAACACCUUUCAAGACACUGUUAAGGAUAUGCUCACCAUCAUGGAAGAGCUAAAAUCGAAUCUGGGGCUCAGUCCCGAAGGACAACCGGAACGUUACGCAGGAGGAACCGUCAAACGGUACAUUAUGCGGGUGUCUCUAGUCAUCAAACGUUCGUCAUAUGAUGAGGCGCUUCAGGGACUAAUUGCCAAGAACCAAACUCUAGAGACCAUAGUCAUUGGUAGUUUACGACUUGAGCCUAGCCGCGGCAAGCGAUCCCAGGGAAAAUAUCUGGAGCUGUUCAGAUGGGUCAUCCGCAGUCUAUACAAGGCCUUACAACUAGGUCUAUGCGAAGCUUGCCCGCUAAAGCAUGGGCUAUGCCUGCAACUUCUCACUCCGCGAUUGAGUCUGCGAGGGGAAGAAGAAAACAUAGUCGGGAAACUAGACUUUCGAGCGAUCUUGUCACAUUACGAUGCAUUGGGGCUCAAGAACCCGAAUCCCAAGACUUGGGAUUGGAAAUCAGUCAGAUUACAGGUUGAUAUAUCAUCAAAGAAUUCAACUGGGGAAUUGAAUCUUCCUACGCGUCCUUCGAUUGGGGAUGCGAGUGGGAAAAGGGUGGUGAAGCGGGUGAAGUUUACAACUAGAGGACAUCUCAAUACCCAGGUGGUAAACAACGGACAGCCAGCGCCCGAAUACCCUAUGUCCCCAAUACCGCCACAGCUGAUGACAGACAAGUUAUGCCACUCCUUGAGCAUAGACGUCUUUAAAUCAAAAGCUUGCGGGUACGCGACGGACCCAUCGGCUCAAGAGUAUGGGCGGUUCAGUGUUAUACCCCUCGAUGAGAAUUGCGAGAGCUCUGUACUGAACUUCGUUUCUAUCUGGGAUAUACUGAAAGCACCGGCUCAUUGGCGCCAGCGGAGUACUCCGUCACUGCCACAGAAGCUUGCCCUUGCCGCCGCAAUCUCGUCGGGUAUCAUUCAACUGCAUGAAACGCCAUGGUUGUCGACGAUAAUGACCAGUCAAAUGUUGUGUCUUAGCAGUUUCAACGACGUUAUCAAUUUCGACCGAGCUUACAUAUCGAAAAAGGCACCGGAAGAUCUGUGCCGCCAUGGCUCCAACUGUACUGUACCCUGUGGUAGCAACACCUGCAUCAUACCAAGACCUGAAGGUUUUACAAAUGAGCUCAUAUGGGGUCUAUUUGUACUUCUGAUUGAGGUGAUUCUUUGGAGGUCCAUGGAUGACGUGCUUUCUGAGAAGUCUGGCGCAAUUAACUCGAAUGCGUCUCCCAAAGAGAUAUUUGACUGCACAACAGAACGGGGGUUCGAGAUAGUACGAAGCCUCUUGAGCAAGGUCGCGCUGGUUGGGGGUCAGGAAUAUUGUAAUUCUGUAGAAUGCUGUUUGAAACUUGCAUUUGGUUAUCCAAACCUUGAUCUGGGUCAGGAAGAAAUGCGACACCAGGUAUAUGGUAACAUCAUAACGCCGAUUGAAGAAAGCUUGAAGAGUACAACAAAGACAGGCAACUGGGCUUGGUAUUGAAGCUAUUCAGAUGGCAAUGAUCAACAGGGGCUACAGGAGUCCUUGACCAACUUACGCUGUGGAGAGUUACAGUCACACAGGAGUCUCUGACCAAUUCGAUGAUAGCAUAACCUGAGUAUAGGAAUCCGAUAGCUAUAGUCUCUAAGAAAGGCCCCUUCUCAACUGUAACUUUCAGUCAUGUCACUACGAUAUCAUCGAAAGAG